UGUAAGUCCCUACAGAAGAUCCUCCGGUGCUGAAUCCUGCGCAAAAUGUGCGCAGCUACAGUGCGCACGGGAUUCCGCUUUUAAUUUAAGGUGACGUCAUCAAACCGCGACGGCUCUGCAUGUUGACUGUGGCGUGUCUCGUGCGUUCACUAAACGUGUGUGAUGGAGAGUGUGUGGAGACGGAGAACAGUGGACUUGGUGAGGACGUUACUGAUGGAGACAGAACCCGAGCAGACGAGUGAAGGCGGAGUUUCGGACCCGACUCCCGCGGAGGGACAGGACACGUCUUCGUCCUCCUCCUCAUUACAACCAUGUGGCGUGUGUCUCAGUGCCCCGGCGCGGUACACUUGCCCCCGCUGUAACGUCCCCUACUGCGCACUGUCCUGUUAUCGCGGUGCCGCUCACACCGCGUGCUCCGAGCAGUUCUAUAAAGACUGCGUGUCUCAGGAGCUGCGGCGGCGCGGCACGGCGGAGCACAAGGACAGGAGGAACAUGAGGGACAUCCUGCUGAGGAUGCGGCAGGCGGAGGGGGGAGUGGGCGGAGUCAUGAGAGAGCUGACUGGGAACAACGAAAGUCAAGUGAGUGAGAGAGAUGCGGAGACGCUAACGCUGCUGUCCAGACUAGCCGAGAUUCAGGAGGGUGGAGAGGAAGGACACGAGCAAGAGGUGCAGGACAUCCUGCAGAGACUCAGACAGACAGACGGUGAGGAAGAGGAGGGCGAGGAAGAGGACGAUGUAGAAACAAGGCUUUCAGGACUCAAUAUCGAGUCUCUGACUGAAGACGAACUGUGGACGCUCCUGCCUCAGAAGGACAAGGAGAAGUUUGAACAGCUGCUGAAGGACGGCGGGAUUGGCGCUCUGGUUCCAAUAUGGCGGCCGUGGUGGGAGGAGCAUGAGCGAGACCACGUGAUGUUGAUCGAGGAACUCCAGCAGGAGAAACAGGAUGAAGAGACCAAUAGCUUGGAGGAAGGCGAGGAUGGAGACGUGGACGCGGCACCAGAGCCCGCAUCGCCCCUGAAAAAGAAGGUGGAGAAGCAGAAGGUAAAAAAGGCGGGAAGCAGAGAUGCUCCUCCUCCAAUCAGCAGUGAAAUCCCACCACUGUCGUCUCUUUGCUCCGCCUCUCCGUCCCCGCUGGUAAAGUUCGGCCUGGUGAACGUUCUGUACGGUUACGCCUUCACGCUCCGCCUCUUUAACGGGGACGUGUCUGAGACGCAGCAGCUGCUGGAGUUCACGCGGCUCCUCCUCUCCGUGUCCGAGUGUCUGGGACGCGGCCGGACGUUCGGCUCGUCCCCCGAGGCUCUGAGCGCCGCGAUGGCGUCCGUCUCCGCAGAACGCUACGACUCUGACUCGGCGCUGAGUGCAGUGGAGGGCGUGGCUCACAUCCUGAGUGGAGCGAGCGAGGGCGACAGGACGGGGUACGCGCUCUCCGCCCUCGCUCACCUGCGCUCGGCGCUCAGCGGGGCGCGCAUCGCGGCUCCACGAGACCACGCCCACUUUAGGAGGACCUGCUUGCUGGCAGGGAAGAAGUGCGAGUUCCUGCAGGCGUGGGUCAAUGAGAACACGCCUACACUCAGGGGGUUGGCCAGAUGGGCGUGGUCUGAGUAUCAGAGACAGACGGGUGAGAGACAGGUGAUGGAGAGAGACAGGAAGUGGGUGGAGGAGAACAGGAAGCAGAGACGAGAGCGAGGGAAAGUCCUGAUUGAAGAGAUUUAAUUUAUUUAAGAAUUACAGCAGCGUCUCGAUACAACCAUAAUACAGUUUAUUUUCUUAUAACAACAUUUAUAAAAAAUGUCUCUCACACACAAACACGCACUUUGUUCCUGACAGUAAUAAAUUCUCUCUCACAUUCCCUAAAUUGUGUUCUGAUCCCUACACGGUACACCACUGCAGUCUGUGUGUGUGUGCGCGCACUCGCAUGGGUUUAAAACUCAUAAUUUUCCUAAAAUUGUUUUUUAUAAAUUAGAAUCUCCGUCACUCGCCUCGUUCCGCCUGAUUUACACACAGAUGAAGCUCAGGGCCACGCCCACAGACCCACCCGAGUGUGUAGACGCCUAACGCAGGACCGCAGUGUGUGUGUGGCUGAGACUCUGUGAGAUUGGUGUGUGUUACAGCUCGAGUCCAUCUGUAGGCUUUAUUACUGCGAGUGUGUGUGUGUGAGCUCAGUAGACGUAGGGAACGAUCCUGUAGGGCACGCGUCUGCAGUACGCCUCCCACGCCGCCCCGUACUUGGCUCUGCACUGCCGCUCGUCUCGCGCCUCCCUGUGCACCAACAGCACACUGAAG